GAUUCUGUGUCUUGAACAGUCUUUGAUCUUCCUCUCUUUCAGGCCUGAUGGACGGGAAACACUGCACGCUGCCUCACCUGACGGGGAAAACAUUUGUUUAUAACGCAGCAGAGGAACGUCUGGAGCUCUGUGUAGAUACUGCCGGUCACUUCCCUGUUGGCCCUGAUGUGGAGGAGCUGGUGAAGGAGGCACUGGUGCAGCUGCGCUCAGAGGCGGCCACCAGGGGCAGCAGAGAGGGGAGUCCGUCACACGGCGUGCUGCGGCUGGGCAGCGGCGGCGUCGUCCGUAAGAAGGAGCAGCUGCAGAGCGUCACCGCCUUCCAGGGUAAAGGUCACUCUUUGGGCAGUGCUGGGGGCUCCCCCCCUCCAGAACACCGGCCUAUAACGCGCCAGCACAGCAGCGGCGUGGACCUGAGCGCCAGUGUGUCCAGAGGCCCCCCAGACCUGUCGGACAUCCCCGAGGACACCACCAGGGAGCUGGUCCGCAUGGCGCCGGGCUUCGUCACCAUGAAGGACAGUCGUGGUCUGGACCCCAGUCUGAUGGAGCAGCAGAGGAGGAAGCUGCAGGAGAUGGUCUCCUCCAUCCAGGCCUCCAUGGAGCGCCACCUGAGAGAGCAGCAGAGCGGAGCAAGCCAGGAGCAGACAGGCGGGACUAAGUCAGGCACGGGCCAACCAACAUCUACCGCCAGCCAUGAACGUCCAGCUGCAGCAGGUGCCUCUUUGGCUGGCAGACCAGAUGGGAAGGCAGAGGAACCGGAGGAGAUGGAGAGCCAGGACGCCGAGCAGAGCAACACCACCGAACCCAUGGAUCACUCCUGAUCACUCCUGAUCACUCCUGAGCCCCAGCACCGCCCUGCCCCCACCCUGCCUGGCCAGCAUCUGUGGGUCAUAACGCCUCAGGUCGGAUCCUAAAGCUUUGGUCUUCAUCGUGUUUUGUUGUGUUUACUGCAUGACUAAAGAGCGGGCCAACCGUCCUCACCUCUCUGCAGACUCGGGGUGGGACUUUCAUCGAUAAGGCGAUAUAUUGUAACACGCUGUCUGCGAUACAUCAUUAAUACUCUCACACCAAUAUCAUAGUUCUGUUGCAGCACUGAAGCUGUUGCUGUGUGUGUUUAAACUCUAUGCACUUUGGUACACACUCUCUCAUCUCAGCUGUCUACACGACUACAUGAAAAUAUAAUGCAGUAAAUAAUAAAUACAGCAUAUGAUUCCCACAUUGAAAGAAAUGAUUUUGCCUUUUAGGAUAAGUUUUUCUCUUUAGUUGAUGAUGUAUCAUAAACGACUGUCUUACAAUAUAUUGCAGAGUCGCCUGUAUGGUGACAGGAUUGUAUCUUUAGCCCUGUCAUUCCCACCUGCAGACAUCUAAUCCUCUCGCUAUAAACGCGCAGCGAUAUCCAAGGAGGAAAACCUGCUCUGACUCGUGUGAGACGCAUUCCUGUAGAUAGAAAAAUCCUCUGAGUCUUAAUCUGCCACCAGGAGGAGAGCUGCUGGUCGCCGGCAGCGCGAUGUCCUGCGAACAUGCUUCCGUCGAAGUGCACGCUCAGAAAAGUGCACCAGCCUCUGUACGCAUCAACGCCUUCAUCACCGAAAUCUGCUUUUCCACCGUCCGUCUUUCUGAGGACUGCGGGGAGAACUCUGGAUCUGUGUUUGCUUGACUGUCUGAUUCCUUGACACAAAACUUUGUUUUUCCCCCAAUGCCCACCAUUUAUAUUCGACAUUUAAUGUUGUUGUUUUUCAAAACACAGUGUCAUUGAUGUGAAGCACCUGAAUCCAGCUUAAGACCGACCUGCACCACCUGCAGGCGAAUAACAGCUGUUGCAGUUUUGAUGCUUGUGCCACCUACAGUUCUGCAGCCAAACGUGCACCACUGUGGGACGAAAAAGCAACCAGACGCUAACAAUGAGCAUCAUGAGCAUCUGAUCACAGUUUGCAAGGUUCUAAUGUUCUCCUCGAGAUACAUCUGUCCUGGCAUAUUUCUAGAGCUGGACCCCUCAGUUUUGGCCUCUUCAUAUAACCAUUUCUCAUUCAGAUUUUGGAUUAUUUACAUCUAUACUCAUUAUACGUGAGUCACAAAAAUAAGCUGUUUUUGUCAGAAUUACAUGUGAGUAACCAAAGAUAACACAGCAGGUUGUUGAACAAAAUUUAUGUGCUUUUUUUUUUUUUAAGAAAUAUCCUCAAAGACUUUUCAGUCCUACAGUUACAAACAACACCGUAUAGCCAAAAGUAUGCGGACAGCCUUGUCCUCAUACUCGAGUACUUUUGAUUGGAUUUAUUUAUGGAUCUGCCAAAACAGACAAAUCCAAGAAAUAACAUGAUAAAGUGAGAACAAUUAUUUCCAACAAGGUGUAAAAAAACAAAAAAAAAAAAACAAAACUUUUAAUUUUUACCUUUGUUCUGUUUCUCCUGGUUUGGGCAUGUUAGUUCCAGUGAAGUGAAAUCUUAGUGCUGCAGCACACAAAGAUAUUUUAGACAAUCGUCAGUUUGAGUUUGUUCCUUUCCUGUUUCAACUUGGCAAUGCCCCCAUGACCCACAUCCAACACCUUUGGAUGAACUGAAAAACCGACUGUAAACCAGGCCUGAUCGCCAGCAUCAGUGCUGGACCUCACCGAUGCUCUGGUGUCUGAACGGGAGGUUCAACAUCUGGGGGAGAGACUGAAACCGGAGGAGCGGAGGCCGUUAGAGCAGCAGGUAAAUGAAUGUGGUGUCGCUGUCACAUUAGCCUGUCUCAUAUGGCUGAAAUGUUCGGGCUUUUCACAUACCUCCGGCCAUGUAGUGUACAUUUCCUCAGGUGUUCAGAGAUGUAUAAAGUUUAUCUAUUCCACAUGUCCUGAAAAAAGCUGCUUUUUGAGCGGUUUCACUCUUUGUUUUGGUCCAUAUUCUUUGAGGGAAAAUGUUUUGCAACAGCAGCAUGAAAGAGUCUUUGUCUUCAUUAAUACACUUCGGUUUUGUUCAACAACUUGCUGCUUAUAUCCUGAGUUUUUUGUCUAUUUUAAUUUUGAUUUCUACCUGCCAAGGACUUGUCCACCACUCUCUGCAAAAUGAACAGUUGAAGUUUUUUCUUCAAUUCAGCAGCAAAAGAAAUGACUAGAAAAUCGUGCAAGUUGGUUGAAACAGCAGCUUAUAUCCAUGAUUCAUCAAAGCCAAAGUCCCACAUUUUAAAAUGAGGAUCAAAUAAGAGGCCAGACAGUUUUAUACCGUUUCAGUGUUUGCAAGGAAUCGACGUUGGAUGACUCCGUGGGAGUCCGUGAUUCCUCGAGUGCCUUGUGAAGCUGUGAUUCGAUGCUCAUAAAGACCUCUGCGUUUUUUUACAGCAUGGUUUGCGGCUUUUCUCACCACAGUGAUCCCGUUCGGUGUUUGGCGUCCAGAGGCCUGAUCACUAAAACUCCUUCAAAGGAAUAGUCUGAACUUUUUGGAAAGACGCUUCCUCUCUUGCUCACUGAGAGUCAGAUGUGCAGAUUGAGCUCAUGAAUUAACACCGAUAUCUUGUGGAAGAGUUAAAUGACACGCUGUGAUUUUACAGGGGGGUUGUACCCGACUGUAGACUUCAUGCUAAGCUAAGCAGUUCUGUGCUCUACAGACGUGUAUCAAUCUCAACAUCUAACUCUCAGGAAGAAAGUGAAUAAGCGUUAUUUCCCAAAAUGUCAAGCUUUUCCUUUAAAAAGACAAGACCGCAAGUCAGUUACCACCAAAAUGUUUUCCCACAUCUCCAUGUUGCUCUUGAAAUGAUGUGGUACUGAUGUAGGAACUGAUCGUCAGGCCUUAAAAUCAGUUUGUUUUACACUGAGGUUCUUUCUGUUUUACUUUUAACUGUGUCAGUUUUGCCUCAAACUCCAUUUAUUUAAGCUUAAAUCCUCAUAUUUGACCUUAAAAAUCUGAGUUUCACCUUUUUGUGUUCUGGUUUCAGCAAAAAUUUCAAUCUCAGUCUCAACAUGUGAAUCACAAUCCUUCUGUCUUUCAGCUCUCUGAGGUUUAUUUUGCUGUUGAGGUGAACAAAUGUAAGACUUAGCACUUUGUUUGAGAAAAAGAGGGAAUGUUAGUGUAGCAGAUUCACAUUAGCUGAACUUGAAUCAUCUUCAGUCAGUCAGUCAGUCAGAGAGGAAACCAGUCGGUCGGACGAAUCAAAAGGAAGAAAAGUUUGCUCAGAUGACACUGCUGUAACAGACUUGAAGUUUUUCUUUGUGACUGCUGUACUAAUGAAAUGAGUUGUAAUCCAGUUGUAUAAUAGUAUAUAUUGUAGAAUAUUUGGACCUGUACAGAAACACAGAUUGUCCAAUUCCUUCAGCUCUUUUUUUUUUUUUUUUGUUAACUUCUCUCUGGUUUGCUAAUAA